UGUCAUCCUUAUUCUCGCGAGGUAUGGAGCCUGCGAUGAAACCCGGUCAAUGACGCGAUGCCCAUCUGCAUCGAAUGCUCCUAUCCCGUCUCGCAUCUGUACAGCACCUACAGUCGCGCAGAUGACCGGUCGUUGGGCAAAGGCGUGCGUCUGACGCAAUGCCCGCGCUGCCAGCGAUUCGCCGACAAAUACGUCGAAUAUGACUUCGUGGUCAUCUUCAUAGACCUGGUUCUGAUCAAGCCUCAGGUAUAUCGACACCUCCUAUUCAACCGACUCGGAGGAGACGACAACCAAUUCGACCGCUCCAUCGUUCGCCUCGGCAUUCUGCUCCUCCUAUUCGACGUCUACCUGACCUGGGCACGCAUCGAAAAGACCCAAACCCUAUCCACCACGUUCCUGGCGCGCGCACCCAUCGUCAUCCAAUACUUUUUUUUCCUGAGCCUGAACGCCCUCGCGACUCUUGCUCAUCACCUGACGAUCCGGUUGCUGGCGUCCAUACUCGCCCCGGUGCCUCGAGGCCUGGAGCAUACCGCCCAGAGCAGCGGCAGUGGCAACAGCACGACCGACACACCCUCUCAUCCGUCGACACCUGUCUUCCCUUCUUUCCCUUCGCAGGCUGCCAGCGCUCAACCGCAGUUAUCGCCGACGUCUGCAACGGCGCUGAGCCCGCCUAAGCUCCAUGCGUCACAUUCUUCGGCCGUGGAUAUUUCGUCCACAAGCGGUGCUCACACCACCGCCGCAGGCAACGAGCACAAUCCGAACCCUCCACCGCCAGCGCAUUACCCCCCUCCUCCACCACUGCGUCGUGCCUCCACCGCUCCCACGCAAAACAUCCAGCCCCUACCCCCUCCUUCGCCGGCGAGUCCUACCGCCAUCAGCACCGCCCUCCUCGUCAGCAGCUGCGUGAAGCUGUUUCCGAUCCUUCUCGUCAUCUGGGGUCCGGAUGGUGGUGGCAGCAACAGCAGCAGCAAUAUAUCAGAGACAUCACACUCCGACAGCCAAGGCACCAGCCAGUUGAUCUCUUCUCACGACUUUCCCACGCAGGCGCUUACCGGCCUGACUCCAGCAGCGACGGCCUCGGCCGCCAGCACAUCCGGGAUAUCGGAAUCACCAACGCUCUUGGAGAGUUUGAUCCAGCUGAUGCCGGCGUCGGUCCCGACUAGCUACCUGGCGAAUCUGAUCGAAUUGGUCGGAUCGCUCUUGUCGCUGGGCGCUGCGGAUACGCAUCUGGUGCUGCUGAGUAAUAUCGAGGCGCUGUAUAUCUUAUUAGGGUGUGGCUAUCUUCGCGCGAUGGCGUUGGCUGUCACGGGACUUCUUGCACGGUGGACGGUGCAGAAGGUCAUUCUGGGGGUUGUGGGGGUUGGUUAAUGGCCAAUGGAAUACUUAAUUGAAACCAAUAAUAGAAUAUGUUUUCUAUCGCUGCAAAGGCAUAAACGAG